AGAUAGGGCUGCUAAAACCCAUGUACAAGGGAGGGAAAAAAAGACAAGAAAAAGGAGAGCAAAAAGCCCAACUCUAGUUUAUCUAACUAAUUCCAGUCCCAAAAACAGAGGAGGUCUGCGAACAGGGGAGAGCAAUGCGUGAGAAGUCUUUCUCCAAUAUACUAUAAAUAAGAGCACGGUGCUAAGUGAAAACAGAGCCUUCCCACCCCCUCUGUGCAAGAGUGCAACUGCAAACCCACGAACAAGAAAUCAGCCACCAAAUUAGGAUUCUUCCAUUCCCAAAUCACAACUGAACUAGCACCCACAACUUUUGGUAUGGACUCUCUGCUCUUGUUUCGGUUUGUCCUCCCAUGCACUCUCCUCUUGCUUCUGCCUUCAUCAUCAGAAGCUUAUGAUCCUCUUGACCCAAACGGAAACAUCACAAUAAGAUGGGAUAUACUAAGCUGGACAGGGGAUGGUUAUGUUGCUGCGGUAACAUUAAACAACUUCCAGCAAUAUAGACAUAUCCAAGAACCUGGGUGGUCACUAGGAUGGACGUGGGCAAAGAAUGAGAUAAUCUGGCAAAUGAUAGGAGGGCAAACCACCGAGCAAGGAGACUGCUCAAAAUUUAAGGGACAAGUGUCCCCACAUUGCUGCAAAAAGGAUCCCGUUGCGGUUGAUCUGAUUCCUGGAGCACCUUACAGUGAGCAGGUUGCAAACUGCUGCAAAGGUGGGGUGCUCACCUCAUUGAAACAAGAUCCGGCCAAUGCUGUUGCCUCAUUCCGGGUCGUUGUGGGUAGAGCUGGUACCACAACCAAAAGUGUGAGGUUGCCGAAAAACUUCACCUUCAAAUCACCUGGACCAGGAUAUACAUGUGGACCAGCAAGAAUUGUGAAACCCACCCGGUUUUUAAGAUAUGAUAAAAGGAGAGUAACCCAAGCAAUGAUGAGUUGGAAUGUGACAUGCACAUAUUCACAAUUUCUAGCUGCGAAAGCUCCUACGUGUUGUGUGUCCCUCUCAACUUUCUAUAAUGAUACUAUUGUAUCUUGCCCAACAUGUGCAUGUGGCUGCCAAUCAGGGAACUGUGUAGAUCCAAAUUCGCCAAAUCUAACAUCAGUUAUUUCCAACCCUGGAAAUAACGGCAUUACAUGCACUAGCCAUUCAUGCCCAAUCCGAGUUCACUGGCAUGUGAAGCAAAACUACAAGCAGUACUGGCGAGUGAAGGUGACGAUUACUAAUUUUAAUUACAGGAUGAAUUAUUCUGAUUGGAACUUAGUAAUCGAACACCCAAACUUCGACAAUCUGACCCAGCUUUAUAGUUUCAACUACGGGUCAUUAAUUCCCUAUGGGGGGUCAAUGAAUGAUACAGCAAUGCUUUGGGGAAUUAAGUUCUUCAAUGAUUUGCUCAUGCAAGCUGGCCCUCUUGGUUAUGUACAGUCAGACCUGCUUUUUGGAAAGGAUAAGUCAACUUUUACUUUUCAUGAAGGCUGGGCUUUUCCUCGGAGGAUCUAUUUCAAUGGUGACAAUUGUGUGAUGCCACCACCUGAUGUUUAUCCAAGGUUACCGAAUGCCGGUUCGCAGCAAAAGGCUUCCCCUUACUUGCUUUGAUGUUAACAUUUUGGGUAAUCCUGUGGAUUGAAUGACUUUGGAGAAUAACAGUCAUGUUGACUGAUAAACUAGAUCUUUUAUUUUUAGGCCCUUAAUUGUUAUGUUUUUAGUUCAUGGUAAUGUAGUGAAAUGAAUGAUAGACUUCAUUGAUCGUAUAUGUACGUGAGACAUGAAUUAUUCA